AUGUCUACCACUACACGGCGCACUACGCGUCGCACCGCCGCCGCCGCAGUUACCGAGUCCUCGCAGUCCGCAUCAAGGCAAAGCUCACAGUCGGCAUCGCCUGCUCCAGAGACGGCACCCAAGAAGAAGCCGGGCCGCAAGCCCAAGGCUGCCAAGGUCGAGUCGCAGACCGUGACGGAGUCGCAGCAGACAGUCACAAAGAGUCGCGCUACGUCACGCGCAAAUGCCGCGCCCCAAGUCACUGCCACAACAACCACAUCAUCCACAACCACCACCACGGCAAAAGCUCCCGUCGUGGCCAAGAAGCUCACCAGAGCCGCUCGCGCAGAAUUGAAAGCAGCAGGCGUAGAGGCCUCACCACAGCGCAGUCUAGAACAGACAAAACCUGCGAAGCAGGCUCGCGGUACAGCCCGGCAGAAGGCCACCAGUCAGAAGCGAAAAGCAGUUGCUGCCAAGCUGGCGGCUACGACUGUUGAGAGCAGCGAAGACGAGGCUGCUGCCGAUAACGAAGAUGGCGUGGGCCUCUGCUUCACCAAAAGUAAGCACCGUUUUCUCUACAGCAACCCACCCCCAGAACACGCAAUCGACAAUGAGAUUCUCAAAGAGGAGAACGCGGAGCAGCUCAGGGAGAUUUACCACCUCCGCGCGCGUGUGACAGACCUUGAGGCUCGCAACCAGAAUCUUGCCGAGAUGUUGCAUCAGAAAGAUCAGCAGAUGGCCGAGUAUGAGAGCGAGAACCUUCGUCUGCGCAUGGAAAAUACGCAUCUGCAUACAAGUUUGGGAAACCUCUCACGUCAUAGCUACGGAUCCCCGGCUAACGUUAACUACGCAGAAUUCGACAGUGAACUAGUAGGAAUCAGCGAGUCAUCUCCAGCACAGGGUGUGUUUGUAAACGGCAAUGAGGAAGCUCUGGCACUCCUCCACAAGAUCGAGAGCAACGCCAAGGAGACCCGACGUAUCGAGCCACCAAGCAACGACAGUGAAACAUUUGAAGACAAUGACGUUGCUAUGGAACCUUCACCACAACAGUCGGUUAAGAGAACCUUUCGGGAGGUCUCAGCAACUCCUGAUCGCCCCGUCGCGACACCAUCCAAUAUCUUCAGCAGGUCAUUCUCCGCCUUAAAAUCCAAACUCUUCUCCUCGACCCCCAAACCACCCCCAACCCCCGAGGUCGCUUCACCCACCGUCACAAAACCUCUACCACCUCAGGACACAAUUACUGAGACCCUAUCACUCCCACCCACACCCGUUGGCGAGCGCGUCAAGACACCAAGAAAGAGGCGUAUGCCCACCAACCCGUUGAUGAAUCUUCUACUUAGAGGCAUCGACCGUGAGGACAAACAGAAAGCAGAAGAGUGGGCCAAGCAAAUCAUCCCCACAUUGAGGAACGAUCCCGCUUUCCGCGAGAAGCGUAAGCGUCUCGAGACACCAGUCCUAUGCAAGGACCUGUCAAACUUCCCUUCAGCCAAGCCUUGGGAGACUGGCUUUGGCGACCCCCUUGGCGAUCUGGACGAUGAAGAUGAAGUACCAGUCUGGGCCGUCUACAUGGACAUUGUAGCCGAGGAAGAAGAGCAUGCCGCCAAAAAGCACAAGAAGACUCACGAUGUCACUAUUACGGAUGACGAAGUUCCCACUAUUGACGAGCAGUUCGCCGCCAGCAACAGCGCGCGUGCUUCGCCUAAUCUCUUUGAUAGCCAUGGCCAGUCUGCCUCCAUCCGCGACUUCCACCCCCGUCGUUCAAUCGACCCCUCACCCAUGUUCUCCAACUCCAUGUCACACAACACCGGCGGUAACAUCUUCAGCGAAUUGCAAGGACACGAUACCGCGGCAGAGAUCCGUGAGAAAGACCGCGAGAUUCUCAAAGUUGCGACCAAGGAGACUACUGAAGGCGCCCACACUCAUAACCCUAACAUGGGUUCAUUCAGCGUUCCUGAUGACUCUGAUGAAGAAGAUUCAACAAUGGGCAGCGAGACAUCUGAUACCGAGGCUACUCCAGUCUGGACCCAACCACCACCACCAGCCCCCGUUCCUGCGCACGCCCCACUACCAGGAGGGUCUACAGACGAUGCGCCUCCCACCCCAACCCGUCAGCAGCCAGGAGAUGAGAUUGAGCGCCAGCGCCAGAGACUCAUGAAGCACACACCUGCUAAGCCUUCUCGUCUCCGAGAGGCGACCUACCCUUCACCAAGCGUUCUUUCUGAAGCUGGUAAUGAGUCGCUUCUUGCCGCCACUCCCGCACAGAUGGCUGCUUCUGCGGCUACCAUGGCCAACAUACUGGACGACAUGCCUGUAGCGGAGAUGAUUGAACUUGACGAUGAAUGCCAAGCCGCUUUCGACGAGCUCAUUAACAGUCAAGAGUACCAACAAAAGCUCACCGUCGAAUGGCAAACUCCUAUCAUCACCUACGAAUCAGAUGAGGAGGAGCCGAGCCCUACCUCCCCUUAA